GCGCAAACGGGAACACGGAAACCUCAGAUCUGGCUGCAUGGCAUCUAAGAACACACUUGUUUCUUUCUCUUAUUGCCCCAAAGACAAACUUCAUCCUGACUCUACCCCCAAGUCCAGACACAAAUUCAUUUUUAUCAGAUUCUGCGAAGUUAACAGUUUUCUCAUGUGCCUCACUGGAAACAACGUUCCUCUGAAGAGUUAACUGGCACAAUCCAGCUACCUCUUAGACCCACAGGAGUUCUCACUUAUGUAUCUGAAAAAUUGUACUUUCUCGUUUAAGACCGCCCAGGGUUCUUGAGUUGGAUUAUUUCCAGUUACGUCUACCCCAAGGACACUUAGCAGAUUUCAUGAGAGAACACACUCUUGAAGGAGGACCCCUCGCUGGAGAGGCAUUUUAAGGGCCACCGAGAUGCAGUCACCUGUGUGGACUUCAGUCUCAACAUGAAGCACCUGGCCAGCGGCUCCAUGGACUCGUGCCUCAUGGUCUGGCACAUGAAGCCCCAGUCACGUGCCUACCGCUUCGCUGGCCACAAAGACGCCGUCACCUGUGUGAACUUCUCCCCUUCAGGACACCUGCUUGCCUCAGGCUCCCGUGACAAGACUGUCCGAAUCUGGGUACCCAAUGUCAAAGGCGAGUCAACUGUGUUUCGUGCACACACGGCCACAGUGAGAAGUGUCCAUUUCUGCAGCGAUGGCCAAUCCCUCGUGACGGCCUCUGACGACAAGACAGUCAAGGUGUGGUCGACUCAUCGCCAGAAAUUCCUGUUCUCCCUGAGCCAGCACAUCAACUGGGUCCGCUGUGCCAGGUUCUCCCCCGACGGGCGGCUUAUCGUGUCUGCCAGUGAUGACAAGACUGUCAAGCUGUGGGACAAGACCAGCCGGGAGUGUGUCCACUCGUACUGCGAACACGGCGGCUUUGUCACCUACGUGGACUUCCACCCCAGCGGCACGUGCAUUGCUGCCGCCGGCAUGGACAACACGGUGAAGGUGUGGGAUGUGCGGACUCACCGGCUCUUGCAGCAUUAUCAGCUGCACAGCGCCGCGGUGAACGCCCUCUCCUUCCACCCGUCGGGAAACUACCUGAUCACCGCCUCCAGUGACUCGACCCUGAAGAUCCUGGACCUCAUGGAGGGCCGGCUGCUCUACACGCUGCACGGGCAUCAGGGUCCAGCCACCACUGUUGCCUUCUCAAGAACGGGAGAGUAUUUUGCUUCUGGAGGUUCAGAUGAACAGGUGAUGGUUUGGAAGAGUAACUUUGAUGUUGCGGAUUAUGGAGAAGCCGUAAAAGUGCAGAGGCCCCCAGCCAUGCUGGCCAGCUCCUCCGGGAAUGAGCCAGAGGUGGAUUUCCCCGUCCCAGCAGGCAGAGGCAGGAGUCCGGAGUCAGUGCGGAGCCGGCCCCAGGAGCCCGUCAGCGUGCCCCAGACGCUGACCAGCACGCUGGAGCACAUCGUGGGCCAGCUGGAUGUCCUCACCCAGACAGUCUCCAUCCUGGAGCAGAGGUUGACACUGACGGAAGACAAGCUGAAGCAGUGCCUGGAGAACCAGCAGCUAAUCAUGCAGAGAACGACGCCGUGAUUGGGGAGCAAGAAUCAGGAGCUCAGUCAACUUUGGGGGGAUGGCAGGCUGGGGGUUUGUACUGUGGGACCUGGGUAAAUAAAUAAAAGGGAUUCAGCCCUGGGGGGAUCACAUCCAUCCCCGAGCCCAGGGGCUCUGCCCCCGUUCUGCUGUCUGCACCUAGAGGGGCUCCGCCCAGCAUGGGACGCCCAGGGCCAGGCCCGCGCAUGCAGAAUGGACCACGUCUGGUUUCAUGCGAAGGAGCCGCUGCCUGGGAGUCCUAAGAAGCCCUGAGGUGGCAGCGCUCCCGGGAGGAGGCAGCCCCAAGCCACCCCGCUUUUCACUGGCCUUGCUGGGGCUUGUCCUUUGUGUUACAUGACUGCUCUCCCAGCUGCCACGGCUUAGGGGCUGCUCUCAGGUGGAUGAGCCCGGAGUUUUCCCUAAACCUGACAGAAGCCCUGGCGUGGGCCCACCUGAGCCAGGUUCACCCAGGAACAAGCACUGGCUUUGCAGGGGUCUGUGUUCUGCUCCCCACUGGCCCGGUGGCUUCCUCUGCGUGGGCGAAGGCAAAGGGAAUCUGACAAUUAAAACGGACUUUAUUAAG